AUGCCUGCGACACACCGGAAAAACCUUCUUGCUCGCAGACGACGGCGCCAAGAUGACGGGGAGGAAGAUCAGUCUGUAGUGGACGACCUUGAACCUGAUUCCAUGAGCGAAGGUUCUGCUUUGAGCACUGUGGAAGAUGAUGACGACGAGGAUGAGGAUGAUGCCGAGGGCGAGGCCAGCAACUCCAGUGGCGACGAAAACGAAGUUGCGAAACCUCCCUCGGUGGCAGGGAAAGAUCCUGGACAUCAAGUUGAGAAGGGGCUGGAGCGUAACCUGCCAGCUUCGGGCUCUUUAGAACCACAAGCUCCCUUGAAACAAGGUGCCGACGCUCUUGUCAAUCGGCCUGGGGUCGCUGCGGGUGCAAAGGUGCAAAGAGCGGAUGAGCUUCGAUCCGAAGCCCUCGGUGCCACAGAUGAAAGUGCUCCUCCCACAAAUACCGAGUUUGUCGCUCCCAAAGCCCCCCGCCAUGAGGAUGCAUCCCAGCGGAGUCGAAGAGAGCAUCAAGAGUAUGUUAGGCAACGCAACGCCAACCCGGCCUUCGUGCCAACAAGAGGCGGGUUCUUUCUUCACGAUGAUCGCCACUCGAGGUCGUCCGGACAGAACCAGAAAACUUUUGGACGCGGAAGGGGCCGGGAAUCCGGUGUUCCAAUGCAUGCAGGGCGUGGCAUGAAUAGCAACGAGCCCACCAACAGACCUUGGGCACACGAUCUCCACGAAGACCAUGAAAUGGCGCCGAAGCGAGAGCAGCCGCAUUCCAAGACAGUGCCGAGGUCAGACAAUCAGCAAGCUCAAAGAGCACCGACAUCAACUGCUCCCAAUCGAUCAUUCUCUUUCUCCGCGGUGCUCGGAAAUGUGACUGUCCAAGUCUCAUUUCCCGGCAUGGACCAGAAAAUAUCGAUACCAAAUGUUGUCAAGAAGCAGCACACUUUGCUCCCACAGCAUCGCCCUCCGCUGCGACGAGACAAGCCCGUUCGAGUCUCGAUACCUGAUACAGCGCCUCGGUACAUAUUCCCGAGCGUUGAGAGGUCGUUUAUUUUCAUUCCUCGAGCCUUGCGUCCCAAUCAACAUACAUACCGUGGUCGUGGGCGCGACAGCUUCCAAGGGAGCCGCAGACCGAGCGUGUAUGGCAGCGCCUAUACCCCGAGUGUGGCAAUGAGCCGGAAAUCUUCGCUGGGCGGAUCUGCCACGAGGGAUGCUGUACGUUCUCCUGCUGAUUCGGUCAUGUCACGGAAUGCCUUCCCAGGCGUGGAAGGUACGCGGCCUGUUGUUCGUUUGCCCUCUACCGUCCCUACGCCCUCUUUAUCAGCGGGUGGAAUGCCUCUCGUUAACGGGCAGCUGGGCAUGGUUGCGCAAGAAGCACAAGUGCAGCCUCCAGCUAUGUAUGCCAACCAUGCCAACUCAAUACCUAUACAUCAGCCCAGGCCUCAAAAGGCAGUGUCCGUUGCAGAUAUCGAGUCCCCAGCGUCUUUCCAAUUCAAGGCCCCGCAACCACAGGAAGAACAGCCAUUCCAUCAGCAGGUCCCGACCCACAUCACCAACCCUUACACCGACGAAAAACCAACCCAAUCUGGGCACCAAACAGUUUCCAGCAUGACUGGCGUGGCGCCCUUGUCACAGAUACCGGAAGGCGCGGUUUUUGCCCCAGGUUUCCAACCAUACCCGGUCAUGGGCGGACCGGCCUACUUCGCGACGCCCUACAGUACUGGCCCAGUUUUCUAUCCACCAAUGGGCGACGCAAGCUCUUUCGCCGUCCCUAUGAACGCGCCCUCUCUAGCUCCGAGUUUUGUGCCGGGCUCUCAUUCACACCCGAUUGCCUACGUACCUGGAGCAGGGGGACUUGAAGGCAGUUUGCCGCUUGCUCACGAAUCGAACGGCAUGGUCUAUUACUAUAAUCCCCCUAUGCUUGGGCCCGAAGGUCAAGGCGGACUACAAACUAUGCCUGGCGCUGCAAAUGGGCCUACUAUGCCAAUCGCCAAUGGGAUGCCCGGCCAGACUGCCUUUUACUACACUUCCGCGCCCAAUGGCAUGUUUUAUCCGUCUCAAUCUGGAUGA